CAGCGGCCGGCACAGCAGCAGCCAGCAGCCAGCAGCCAGCAGCCAGCAGCCAGCAGCAGCGACCAUGGGCAAGGCGACCGCCGUCGGCAUAGACCUGGGCACCACCUACUCGUGCGUGGGCGUGUGGCAGCACGGCAAGGUCGAGAUCGUCGCCAACGAGCAGGGCAACCGCACCACGCCCAGCUACGUCGCCUUCACCGACACCGAGCGACUCAUCGGCGACGCCGCCAAGAGCCAGGUGGCCAUGAACCCGAAGAACACGGUUUUCGACGCGAAGCGAUUGAUUGGAAGACGCUUUGACGAUCCCAAGAUACAAGACGACAUGAAGCACUGGCCCUUCACGGUCGUUUCCGACGGCGACAAACCCAAAAUUCAGGUGGAGUACAAGGGCGAGACGAAGAGGUUCGCGCCCGAGGAGAUCAGCUCGAUGGUGCUGAGCAAGAUGCGCGAGAUCGCGAGCACGUACCUGGGCGCCGACGUGCGCGACGCGGUGAUCACGGUGCCGGCCUACUUCAACGACGCGCAGCGCAGCGCCACCAAGGACGCGGGCGCCAUCGCCGGCCUCAACGUGCUGCGCAUCAUCAACGAGCCGACCGCCGCCGCGCUCGCCUACGGGCUCGACAAGAACCUGCAGGGCGAGAAGAACGUGCUCAUCUUCGACCUCGGCGGAGGCACCUUUGACGUGUCGGUGCUGGCCAUCUCGGAAGGGUCGCUGUUCGAGGUGAAGUCGACGGCGGGUGACACGCACCUGGGCGGCGAGGACUUCGACAACCGGCUGGUGCAGCACCUGGCGGACGAGUUCCAGCGCAAGCACCGCAAGGACAUGCGCGGCAACGCGCGCGCUCUGCGCCGCCUGCGCACCGCCGCCGAGCGCGCCAAGCGGACGCUCUCGUCCAGCACGGAGGCCAGCCUCGAGAUAGACGCCCUGCACGAAGGCAUCGACUUCUACGCCAAGGUGACGCGCGCGCGGUUCGAGGAGCUGUGCAUGGACCUGUUCCGGCAGACGCUGGCGCCGGUGGAGCGCGCCCUGGGCGACGCCAAGCUGGACAAGGCGUCCGUGCACGACGUCGUGCUGGUCGGCGGCUCCACGCGCAUCCCCAAGAUACAGAAGAUGCUUCAGGACUUCUUCUGCGGCAAGACGCUGAACCUGUCCAUCAACCCGGACGAGGCGGUGGCGUACGGCGCGGCGGUGCAGGCGGCCAUCCUGAGCGGCGACACGAGCUCGCAGAUCCAGGACGUGCUGCUCGUCGACGUGGCGCCGCUGUCGCUCGGCAUCGAGACCGCGGGCGGCGUCAUGACCAAGAUCGUCGAGCGCAACGCGCGCAUCCCCUGCAAGCAGAAGCAGACCUUCACCACCUACUCCGACAACCAGCCCGCCGUCACCAUUCAGGUGUUCGAGGGCGAGCGCGCCAUGACCAAGGACAAUAACCUGCUGGGCACGUUCAACCUGACGGGCAUCCCGCCGGCGCCGCGGGGAGUGCCAAAGAUCGAGGUGACCUUCGACCUGGACGCGAACGGCAUCCUGAACGUGUCGGCGACGGAGAGCGGCUCGGGUCGCAGCGAGCGCAUCACCAUCCAGAACGACAAGGGCCGCCUGUCCAAGGCCGAGAUCGAGCGAAUGCUGGCCGACGCAGAGCGCUUCCGCGCCGAGGACGAGCGGCAGCGCGCGCGGGUCGAGGCCCGGAACCGCCUCGAAGCGUACGCGCUGUCGCUCAAGCAGGCCGCCGAGGACGCGGGCAGCAAGCUGAGCGACGCGGACAAGGCGACGGUGCGGGAGCAGAGCGCGGAGGCGCUCAAGUGGCUGGACAGCAACUCGCUGGCGGAGCAGGAGGAGUUCGAGGACCGGUACAAGCAGCUGUCGGCCGCCUGCUCGCCCAUCAUGGCCAAGCUGCACCAGGCGGGCGGCGGCGGCGGCGCGGGCGCGGGCGCGGCCUCCGGGGCAGCCAAGGGCCCCACCGUCGAGGAGGUCGACUGAGGCGGCGGCGGGGCCGCUCCGCGCCAUUCUAACACACUCCUUACAUAGCCUGCCACUCUCGUUUAGGAAUUAAUUGGUUGCGCGUCACACACUGUGCUCCAGAUUUCGUUGCCCCGAUAUUGCGUUUA